CCCUGUUGGAAAUGUGUAAGCAAUCUGGCAUUACCACGCCUCCCGUGGAUGCUACCUGUUGCAGCUGCGGACUGUUGAGUGCCGGUACCAGUUAAGUGCUGAGUAUCAUCACUAUCCUGUGUCACUCCCCGCAGCGUGUUACACCAGCAGCCCAGGUCAAGACAGCCUGCACCAUGACCCCGGUGAAGAUUGGCAUCAUUGGAGGCUCAGGGCUGAACAAUCCUGACUUGUUUGAGGUGACCAGCGAGUCCCCCCAAGACACUCCUUAUGGGCCUCCCUCGGACAUCUUACGGGAGGGACUCAUUGGGGGUGUGCCCUGCGUGCUGCUGGCCAGACACGGCCGCAAGCACACCAUAAUGCCCACCAAGGUGAACUACCGAGCCAACCUGUGGGCGCUGAAAGAAAGGGGCUGCACCCACGUCCUGGUGUCUACUGCCUGCGGGUCGCUGCAGGAGAACAUCCACCCUGGGGACUUUGUUAUCCUGGACCAGUUCAUUGACAGAACCACAAAACGUUCACAAACAUUCUAUGAUGGUGAGGAGGGACACCCACCAGGCAUCCUUCACCUCCCUAUGGGCACUCCUUUCUGCUCUGACACCACCACCCACCUGAAAGAAUGUUGUGAGGCUCUGGGCUACACUGUCCACCCCACAGGGACUGUGGUGACCAUAGAGGGGCCGAGGUUCAGCUCCAAGGCGGAGAGUCGCAUGUUCCGGCAGUGGGGCGCCGAUGUGAUCAACAUGACCACUGUGCCAGAGGUGGUGCUGGCCCGGGAGCUUGGCAUGUGCUAUGCUGCCAUCGCCAUGGCCACGGACUAUGACUCUUGGAGGGAAGGACAUGAGGCGGUGACUGUGGAGGCCGUCAUGGCAACUUUCAGAUCCAAUGCUGAGAAGGCAAUCAAUGUCCUCAAGAUGGCUGUGGCCAAAAUAGCAGCAGAGGACUGGAGUCAAAGGAUUUCUGCUCUGAAGUCAAGUGUGGACAGCAACAUAAUGAGCGGCAAGUAAGGUUUGCAAGUUUGCAUAACUGCAGCUCCAUUCAUGCAGCUUUACCAAACAUGAUGGAAUCAAAGGCUUCAAGUGUCAUCAACUCCCCUCUUACUGACAGUCUUCAUUGUCUCCCACACUGCCACAACAGUACACCUAUUACUACUUGUACACAUAUCCAGACCCAACACAAGAAGGAUGCCAAGGAUUUCUCCAUCUCCCACAACUUGGCUCAGAGCUCAGACAAACCAGCAAUUUGGAAACUUGAAGAGCGACAUCCAACAUCCCCAAAACAAGACUGACAUCCAGGCAGUUAUGAGUGUUCUUCACAACUGGACCUCAACAUAAAUAAAUGAAGAUUGUGCCUGCUACUCAUCUAGAGACAAGAAAUCAGCUUUUGAGAAGCAAGCAAGUGCUGUGAAUCUCCAUCAUUUCUCUUAGAAUGUAGAGGACAGGUAAACCAAAAGGAUGUUCAAUGGUAUGGUAAGGAAUACCAACCCUCACUCCAUCUUGUAUCACUGGUCAUCACUAUGUAUUGUUAGGGGAAUUACUAAUAUAGUAAAACCUUGCUAAGUUGACUGAGAGUUUAGAAUGUUUUUUAAUUCUUUUAAUAUCUAAAGCAAAAUGUCACAAGUCAGUGGAUAUAAGAAUAUUGAGGACUGUUCUUAAAUACUGACUAGUGUAGGCAGGUGUAAUUUGCUCUACACUUUUAAUGAAUUACCUGACACGAUGCAAAGGAGGAAAUAUCAGAUUACUUUCACAAGUCACAAAGACCACAAUCUUGAAUGUUCCAUCUUGUCAAUGUUUUACAAAAAGUAUCAAAAUCGAGUGCCUUAAUACCAAUGAAAAACUGAAGAAACAAGUCCAAAAAAAUCCUGGUUUAAUAGUGUACCUAUCUAGUGAAUAAAUUAAUAUAAAAAUGAAAA